UCUACAGCUGUCGCUUGAGGCUGUCAUAAAAUAACACCAUGCGCUCAUUUUACGGCCGAAGCCUGGCUACAAUGAACGACGGCUUGUUUCGUGUAGUUCUCCUACUACUGGUGUUGACAAACAUCACGUCAGCCUCGAAGAUACUGGUGGUGGCUCCAACGGCAUCCAUUAGCCACCAGAAGGCGUUCCACGUUGUAACAAAGGCGUUACUUGAAAGGGGCCAUGAAGUCACCUUAUUCACGACGGACCCACUCAAGGUAAAUCAUCAGAAUCUAACCGAGGUCGACCUGUCUUCGUCGUAUAAAAUGAUCAGAGAUUUAGACAUCGUAGGCAUGGCUGACAUGACACCUCUGGACGUACUCCUUAGCUUACUGGCGAUGCCAUCGCCGGUUGAGUCUCAAUUGAGAGAGCCAGCAGUACAGGAUUUCAUCAGGAGAAACCACACCUUUGACUUGAUGAUCUUAGAGCGUCUGCCUUACCAAGGUUACUAUGGACUGCACCACAAGAUUGGUUCGCCACCGCUCGUCGGCUUCGUGACGUUGUCUGCAUACUCGCCUGUGUAUUACGCUAUGGGGAACGCCAUGAAUCCAGCCUACAUCCCUGAAAUCUGGGAGGGCUUCUCUGAUCACAUGAACUUUUGGCAGCGCCUGUACAACACGUACUUUACACUACGUUUCCACUAUAUGUGGUUCUACAAAAUACUUCCGCAGCAGGAGAUGAUUAUGAGAGAACAUUUCGGAGCGGAACCACCUUCUGUUCACGAAACUGAACGCAACUACAGCCUACUCAUAGUCAACAACCACUUUACCACGGAAUAUCCGCGGCCUCAUCUACCGAGCGUCAUAGAAGUCACGGGACUCCACGUAUCGACCAAGGUCGAACGAUUACCAGACAACAUACAGAAAUUCAUAGACGGAGCCGAACACGGCGUCAUCUAUGUCAGUCUCGGAUCCAACGUCCGGAGCAACGCACUGCCCCAGGAGAAGUUCCAGGCUUUUCUGGAGGCGUUCAGACAGCUGCCGCAACGCGUCCUCUGGAAGUGGGAGAACGACACACUGCCUUCACAGCCGGAGAACGUGAUGGUCAGCAAGUGGAUGCCGCAACAAUCGGUGCUGGCUCAUCCAAACGUCCGCCUCUUCAUAAUGCAAGGAGGUCUCCAGAGCAUGAAUGAGGCUACGUACCACGCCGUUCCGCUUGUGGUCAUACCUUUCUUCGCCGACCAGCCGCACAACGCUGCCAAGAUUUCGCAGGCGGAAAUCGGCGUCAGGCUGGACUAUCAUGACGUCACUAAGGACAACCUGCUGGCCACUGUACGGACCGUUCUGGGUGAACCAAAAUACGCAGAAAACAUGAAGAGACUUUCUGCCGUAUACCGCGAGCACAAGGCGGACUCGCUGGAGCGGGCGGUGUGGUGGAUCGAGUACGUGAUCCGCCAUAAGGGUGACCCUCACCUUCGCAGCGCCGUCCUCGACCUGCACUGGUGGCAGCUGCUGCUGCUCGACGUCGUCGCUUUCGUUCUGGCGGUCGUCGCCCUCACACUCUGCCUCGUCUACUUCGUCACGCGGCGGGCAGUCUCCUUCUUCACAGGCAGCAAACAGAAACAGAAGCAGAAAAAACAGUGA